CAUGCCCUGGUCAGCUAAAUAAAUGGACCAUGGCUCUUUCACACCUGAGCAGCCAUCAUCAGAUUGGUCAUUUACAACACACAAUCAGUCUUAAAAGUUCUAUUUAUGCUUCCAGAAGAAAAGAAAGAUUUUUACCUGCUGUCUGAGGAAGCAAAAGUUGGUCUGCACUAUAUACACACACACACAGACACAUAUAUAUUUAAUACAUGUAUGAAAGAGAGUUGGUCAUCUGCAGUAAGUGAUGAGUCCAAAAGUUGGCGGUUGGGUAUUGACUCUGAAGUUGUGAAGUCCUCAAAGUUUGGAGUUUGUUAGAAUUGUCUGAGGCGUUCGAGCAAACAAGCACAAUCUGUAGAGGAUGUGGAUUUUUGGAUGGAAAGGCCCAUCUGGGUUCUCUGCUCGUUCCACAGCAGAGGAAGUUACUCAAGGAAUUGAUGGAACUGGUCUCACUGCCAUUGUUACAGGAGCAUCGAGUGGUAUUGGCGCGGAGACAACACGAGUUCUUGCGCUGUGUGGUGUUAAUACCAUUAUGGCAGUAAGGAAUUUGAACGCUGGAAAGAAUGUGAAAGAAGAAAUAACUAAGAAAAUCCCAACUGCAAAAAUUGAUGUCAUGGAAUUAGAUCUCAGUUCAUUGGCAUCAGUGCGAAAAUUCGCGUCGGAUUAUAACUCAUCUGGUCUUCCUUUGAAUAUCCUCAUUAACAAUGCAGGGAUAAUGGGAGCUCCAUUUGCACUUUCUGAAGAUAACAUUGAAAUGCAUUUUGCAACCAAUCAUUUAGGUCAUUUUCUUUUGACAAACCUUUUGUUGGACACCAUGAAAAAGACAUCAAGAAAAAGCAGUAGAGAGGGAAGGAUUGUGAAUGUGUCAUCAGAGGCUCAUCGGUUUACAUGUUCCGAAGGGAUUGCUUUCGACAAGAUAAACGACAAGUCAAGCUACAAGAUUAUGCAAGCUUAUGGACAAUCAAAGCUUGCCAACAUAUUGCAUUCCAACGAGCUUUCAAGGAUUUUGAAGUCAGAAGAAGUGAAUAUAACUUCAAAUUCAGUUCAUCCUGGAGCAGUUGCUACAAAUAUUCUUCGCAGCUCUGGUUUCUUCUUUGAUGUUGUGAGAGUGCUUGGAAAAUAUGUGCUUCAAUACAUGGUCAAAACGCCUCAGCAGGGAGCAGCAACACAGUGCUAUGUGGCAUUGCAUCCACAGCUUCAAGGAGUAACCGGCGAGUAUUUUGUGGACAGUAACAAAGCCAAUCCAAGCUCUCUGGCUAAGGACGCGGAAUUGGCCAAGAAGCACUGGGAUUUUAGCUUGAGCUUAACCAAGCAAAAGUAGUUGGAUUUUAGAAUUUUCAAUGUAUACCUCACCCAUUUGUUUCAUAGGUUCGAACUGUUAUUCAAACCUUUUUGUUAAAAUAUUUUCUCUCACAAAAAUUAAAUUUAUGUUCAAACUUUUCUGUUUAA